GAUAGAUAGAUAGAUAGAUAUAGCGGAAAGCUCGACGACGUAAACAAAGGAGAAAAAAAAUAACACAAUUGAAAUAAUAAAAAAAAAAUAUGGGUGCGCCUCCUAGCGGAUGUUAGUCCUAAGUUGUUGGGUUAAUAAUCAGUGACACACGGUCACCGACGACAGUUCUCGAGAGGAACGGAAACAAGAUUACUGUUUGAUAUACAACUUAAAGGACCACACAGUGUGGAAACUGCGAAAAGGACGAGAGCGAUAUUACUAAUUUGCUCCAUGAAAAUAUAAAGAAGAAUCGGAUUUCGAGUACAGAAGAAAGAAAGAAAACGAAAAAUAAUUUUAAAUAAUUUAUUCGCUGUCUAUUUAUUUACGUUCAUUAACGAUUUGUUUAUUUGUAAUAUUUAAUAUUUGGUGUUUUUAUCGACCGUCGAAAUGGAAUCUGUAAGACUGUCAUCAACGUUUUCGUCGUCAUCAUCAUCAGCAAUGAAGUUACUGUUAUUGUCACAAGUGUUUUCCUUCAUGACUGUGCAAAUAUCGAGUGCAGAGAAUCAAGGAUGUCCUGAUAGUCUUGUGUCAUGUCCGUGUGGGAGAGAUCUCAUGAAAGAGGUCGAUAUUCCGAUUGAGAUGUGUCGAAAUUUCACAUUCGGAUGGUUUUUCCCGAAGUUAAGAUGUCUGACUUGUCACUCCCUUAUACCGGAAGCCGUCUGUAGACCUUACAAACGCUGUACAGAUUGCAGACCUGAUGGUAUUAGCUCCUGUAUCCCCUACAAAAAAGACCGCCAAAUUCGAAGAAAUCAUUGUCCUCGUCCACUUCUACUACCAAACGGUCACAUCACUGUGGACAAGGAACCACAACCAGGGUCAGUGGUGAAAUACAAAUGUGCUAACCGGUAUGUCUUGAAAGGACAGCCAAAACGUACCUGCGGAGGGGAUUUUCGCUGGAUCGGCGGUCCACCCACGUGUUUGAAAACCAUGUGUCUCCCGCCUGCAGGACUGAAACACGGCCGUAUCCACUACAGCAGAAACCAGCUUGUUUUCAAUGUCAAUGAUAGAGUAUCCUACUCGUGUGACGACGAUUACGUGAUUUAUGGCGAAUCUGUAAGAAUCUGUGGGGCUGAUGGUAAAUGGUCAGGGUCGGAACCGUUUUGCAGUAAAGGUAAAUUCUUGAAAAAUAAAGCCUUUAAACUUUUUCCUCAAAUAUGUCUUUUUCAUUCUCUUAACUCGCUUAACACUAGGAUUACUCACUUGUUCCAACGUGCUAAAGCACACGACGCGUCCCCCGGUCCAGUAGCUGAAACCCCAUUAUUACGAUCGUAUCUGCAAUGCCCUGACUGCUGA